ACAUACGAUAUGUGGCAUAGYGAACGGAUGAAUUAAUCAAAAUUUUCUUGGUCCUCUUACAAACAGUACGUAAUAUAUUCUAUUGUAAUAUAAGACAGUUUGACCCAACGUGUUUUCAGUCACUAGCGUCUGUUCUCCUUCAAUUUGCAUAUUUCGAUAAACUGUUCUGUUCCGGGAAGUGUCUCAUGAGUUGUCCAGCGGUACAUCGAUUCCGAGAAAUUGACUUUUGUGAAUUACGCCCAACAAUUUGAUGUCGAGAAUUUUUGAUGUCAUGAUAUUUCACUUGGGUGUAAAAUGAGUGAUACUGCUGCUAUCGUGAUCCCGCUGGUGAUACUUGUAGUGGUGUUUCUGAUCAUUUUAAUUUGCUACUUAUGCAAGCGCCAUCAAGUUUGGCCGUUCAAAUACCACAAUCUAGAUGAGCGACAUGGUUUCGUCCGUGAUGCUCAACCGAAAGUGGUUUUCUGUGUCGUGGCAUCGAGAAUUGGAGCUGACAUUGACGCWGCAAUGAGAGAAGUUAAUGACUGGAACCGAGUAAUCCUGAUAGUGUUGCAUAUUGAUUGAAAAUUUCCGAUAUUCACCUUAGUUAUACGUUUUCUAGUAUAGCAGAAUUGUACUCUAAUUGCACACUGUUGACUUGAAUUAGUCACUAAUGUUAAAUAUUCAGUAGCUUGGUAAUAAUAUGUUGUUGGUAAUUUUGUUGUUGUUUUAUCAUUUAUCAGUUUAUGUCAGUGUGAGCUCUGACGAUCAGAAAUAUUGAGAAUUGAUGACUUUUAYUUGUAAAAAUAGGUUUUAGAUUACAUGUAA